GACAAACCUGCCAAACAGGAGUGAGGACGACCAGGUUUUGGAGAAGAAACUAUGGCAGAACGCUGGGCUGUAGCGGUGGCGGUGGCAUUUCUGGCCGUCGCGGUUGGACUCUAUCUCAUACCCUCUCCCAUUGAUCCGAAACCAUACAUAUUUGAGGGGCCCCCACCCUUGUUGGAGGGGCCCUUGGCUGUCAACACUCGACUCCAGAGGGGGCGUCGCCUCUUCGCUGGACAACUGAGGGGGCCUGAGUCCUUUACUGCUGACCAAGAUGGGAAUCUUUACACCGGGACUGUGGAUGGGAAACUGUGGAGGAUUCACCAGGACACCCUGACAUUCAUCACACAGAUGGGACAAAACAUCCCUGAAUGCGGCAGCAGCAUGGACUAUGAGCCAGUGUGCGGUCGGCCCCACGGCGUGCGAUUGGAUGGCAGCGGUCAGCUGAUCGUGGCCGACUCCUACUUCGGCUUGUUUAAGGUGGACCCCAGGAGCGGAGAGAAAACACUACUGCUGUCCAACAAACAAGGCUGUGAUGGAAUCCCAUUCGCGUUCCUGAAUGGUCUGGAACUCUCUCGGAAUGGAACCAUCUACUUCACAGACUCCAGCAGUCGGUGGGGAAGACGGCAUGUCAAGUUGGAGGUGAUAGAGACGAACCACCUGGGCCGCCUGCUGUCGUACGAGCCAGAGACGGGCCGGGUCCAGACGCUGCUGGACUCUCUGUACAUGCCCAACGGCAUCGCCCUCUCCCCUGAGGAGGACUUCAUCAUGAUGGCCGAAACCAGCAUCGGACGCGUCCUCAGGUACUGGCUAAAGGGACCUCAGGCCGGCACCAAGGACAUCCUCAUGAGCAACAUGCCCGGUUACCCUGACAACAUCCGCCUUAGCGACCGGGGCACGUUUCUGGUGGGCAUCACCACCACCCGUUUCCGUCGGCGAUUCAUGCCCCCUUUCCUGGACCUCAUCGGACCCUAUCCAGCGGUCAAGCGCUUCAUGACUAAGCUGGUUCCUCUGAGCUUGUACAACAUGCUGCUGCCCAAAUAUGGCCUGGUUCUGGAGCUGGGUCCAAACGGGGAGAUUCUGGACAGUCUGCACGACCCGAACGGAACCCUCACCUGGGCCAUCAGUGACGUGUUCCAGCACGGAGGGCGGUACUACCUGGGCAGCACUGACCUGCCGUUCUUACCUGUGCUGGAGCAGUGGAGCUAAGGGGGGAGGAGACAAGAUGAAUGGAUACCAAUGAUGAAGAUGAACUGAUAAUGUGUGUGUCUGUGUGUUUGUGUGUGUCUCGUGUGUGUGUGUGUGUGUGUGUGUGUGUGUUUAAGUUCGUCUUGUUCUCGAAAUCACCAGAUGCAUGAAGAUAGAGUAACACAAUGGCCAAUGUGAAGUGCAAACUCCACUGGUGAUCUUGAACUAAGAUGAAAAAUCAAGGACUGCCUACUGGAGUUUAACUGUAAAGUGUGACUCUCCCCAUUCCAUGGAGUUGUACUGACCUCUUGUGGUUAGAAUUUGUCACUACCUUUUGCCACACACACAUGCCCUGCAUUUUGAGGAAUUUGUGUUUUAUGCAUUUUAUGUUUUUGAAUCAAUGGUCCAUUGAAAUCUAAUGCACUAUGAAUAGUAAAGAGAAGACAAGCCUGUUAACAAAACAGAGGUAAUUUGGCCAUGUGAAGAGGAGUGACCCACGUACAGUACAUGGCUUUUCUCUACAUGGACUUCUCCAUUUCAUUGUCACAAAGAGAAUAAUUGUGUGUAAUGUGGACUAAGCCAAUAGUUGUUUUACUGAAUCCUUCAACUGAAAGAUAGUGGAUUUCAUAAAUUUAAGGAAAAAAUAUACAGCUCUGGAAAAGAAUUAAGAGAUCAC